CUGCGCGCGGGCCGCGGGCGGCCACUGCGGCAGCGCCGGUCUUCUCCCAGUCGGCCGCAGCUGGGAGAAAAGAUGUUCACCGUGCUGACCCGCCAACCGUAUGAGCAUGCAGGCCUCAAGGCUCUCUGCCGCACUCCAGCCGUCAUCGCCUUGGUGUUCUUGCUGGUGAGCGUUGUGGUGCUCGUGAGCAUCACACUCAUCCAGAUCCAUAAGCAAGAGGUCCUCCCUCCCGGACUGAAGUAUGGAAUCGUGCUGGAUGCUGGGUCUUCCAGAACCACAGUCUACGUGUAUCAGUGGCCAGCAGAGAAGGAGAACAAUACCGGAGUGGUCAGUCAAACCUUCAAGUGUAGUGUGAAAGGCUCUGGGAUCUCCAGCUAUGGGAAAAAACCCCAGGAUGCCCCCAGAGCCUUUGAGGAGUGCAUGCACCAAGUCAAGGAGCAGGUUCCAACCCACCUCCACAGAUCCACGCGCAUUCACCUGGGAGCCACGGCUGGGAUGCGCUUGCUAAGGUUGCAAAAUGAAACAGCAGCUAAUGAAGUCCUUGCGAGCAUCCAAAGCUACUUCAAGUCCCAGCCCUUUGAUUUUAGGGGUGCUCAAAUCAUUUCUGGGCAAGAGGAAGGGGUAUAUGGAUGGAUUACAGCCAACUAUUUAAUGGGAAAUUUCCUGGAGAAGAACCUUUGGCAUAUGUGGGUGCAUCCGCACGGCGUGGAAACCACAGGUGCCCUGGAUUUAGGCGGUGCCUCCACUCAGAUAUCCUUCGUGGCAGAAGAGAAGGUGGACCUGAACACCAGUGACAUCACACAGGUGUCCUUGUACGGCUACACGUAUGCGCUCUACACACACAGCUUCCAGUGCUAUGGCCGGAACGAGGCUGAGAAGAGGUUUCUGGCAAUGCUCCUACAGAACUCUACCACCAAAACCCAUCUCGUCAACCCCUGUUACCCUCAGGAUUAUAGCACCAACUUCACCAUGGGCCACCUAUUUGACAGCCUGUGCACGGUGAACCAGAGGCCAGCACGUUACAACCCUGACAAGAUCAUCACUUUUGAAGGAACUGGGGACCCAUCACUCUGUAGGGAAAAGGUGGCUUCCAUAUUUGACUUUAAAACUUGCCACGAUCGAGAAACCUGUUCCUUUGAUGGGAUUUAUCAGCCAAAGGUUAAAGGGAAAUUUGUGGCUUUUGCAGGAUUCUACUACACAGCCAGUGCUUUAAAUCUUUCAGGUAGCUUUUCCCUGGAUGCCUUCAACUCAAGCAGCUGGAAUUUCUGCUCACAGGAUUGGAGUCAGCUUCCUGUCCUGCUCCCCAAAUUUGAUGAGGUGUACGCCCGCUCCUACUGUUUCUCAGCCAACUAUAUCUACCACCUGUUUGUGAAUGUGUACAAAUUCACAGAGGACACCUGGUCCCAGAUACAUUUUAAAAAAGAAGUGGGGAACAGCAGCAUUGGCUGGUCUCUUGGAUACAUGCUCAGCCUGACCAACCAGAUCCCAGCUGAAAGCCCCCUGAUCCGCCUGCCUGUACAGCCGCCUGUCUUUGUAGGCAUCCUCACCCUCUUCACAGCAGCAGCCUUGCUGUGUCUGGUAUUUCUUGCAUACCUGUGUCUGGUGUCCAGGAAAAAGAGGCACUCUGAGCAUGCCUUUGACCAUGCAGUGGAUUCAGACUGAACCUUCAAAGCAGCUCCUGGAACCCAAGGGCUGUUUAGAACCAGCCUGAGUGGCACCAGGCAAUGCAAGCAAAGUGGCCGCCUUUAGGAAAUACAGCUAAAGUCAAACACCUAGAACAUGUGCCUCUCAGAUACUGAUUUCUGCCAAAGCACCUCUUGGGGAAUCCCCCGGCUGCUCUGGGCACAUUGCUCUUCCGGAGACCCCACCACACACUUGCUGAUUUAUUGGGGAACAGAGAAGAGACAGGCCCUCAAGGUCAGACCCUUUAUUCCACGUCCCCAAGAGAAAGAGUAAGUUGAGAAUAUACAGUUUAAUGUUGAAUAAUUUACCUCAGGGCUUAGUUGCCAUCUUCCUCCCUCAGUAUUGCUCCCAGCAAGACACCCAGUAAGCAUUUGAACCAGGCAAAUAUCUCAUUUUAUGGCUUCCUCCCAUUGGGCCUUAAUUAAGACUUUCUUUUAGCAAGCCCAUAAACAUUGAGUGCCCUCAGGUUGGUAGAACAUAGUACCUGGGGGAGAAGGCUCCUUUCCACGAGGACAGUGGCUGGGCUUCUGUCAUGCAGGUAGGACCUGAAGCACAGAGACACACAGAAGGUCUCCAAGAAAACUGUAGGCCAUUCUAAAAGUAGAAUUCCCACUCCAGACUCUGGCCAUUAGAUUGCAGCCUGUGUGUGUGCCAUCGUCCUCACCUCACCGUCAUACCUGUAUGCCCUCCUACAAAACGCACUUACACCUAGUGAGGUUAUCGCAUUCCAGAUCUGAUUGCCUUUGC